AUGGGCGAAGCUACCGUCAAUGGCGAUAUCCCGCACUCCGCGGUCCUUUCGCACAUUCAAUCCUAUCCUCUCGUCUCGGACUCCAUCAAGACUAUCCAGCAGAACCCCUACGGCGCCAAAUCGAUUGAGCUGACCAACGCCGGCUACGCGAAAUUUGUCAAACCCACCCUGCCCUACUUUGAGGCUCCCGCUUCCUACGCAAAGCCGUACGUUGCCAAGGCCGACGAGCUCGGCGACAAGUUCCUCAGCAAAUUCGACGAGCGAGUACCCAUCGUGAAGACGGAGACAAAGGAGAUUCAGAACACACUUGUGAGCUACGUCAACUGGCCACUCGAGACUGCCAACACCACCAAGGACUGGGCAUUGAACACAUACAGGGAUGAAUACAAGAAGUGCGGCGGUGAAGGCUAUGUCGCUGGUGGCAAGGCCGUCAUCACCACUUCGCUUGUCCUGAGCUCCGAUGUCCUCAAAUGGAUCAGCGGCUUCCUCCAGGACAAGAAGGAACAAGCCAAGGAGAUUGCCAGCAAUUAA